GUUGAACUCACCGCUUUCUUACUACACCUUUCUAUGAUAACACAGGCAUAGGAAAUGUCAGCUGCUAUACUAGAUUCGAUCCAACGGUGAAACGACUCCUGACGAAAUGCUGACGACACCAUGUUCCCUCCUAGAUUCGAGUUUCAGCACCGCACACAAACUAUCACCUGAGCUCUCAAUUCAAUGGGCUUCUUGGCGCUUAAAGAUACCCUACCCUGACAAGGACACAAUAUGAACGGCUUAAGAGAAGUUUGGCGUAGAGCUGAACGAUCUAGGGUCGUCUCUUACGCCAUGAGCCCUCCAAGGGAUGAUUACGAAGAUCGCUAUGGUUGGCGCUAGACGGUGGUUAGCCCGCAUCGGGGGGUUUAGCUCACAUGUCUUUUUCCCGCCUCGGAGAGCCUCCUUUAAGCCCAAUUGAGUCAGUCUAAUGAAUAACGGCGCCGAGCCUCUGCACUCUCGAACUACAAGCCCAAGACUCUUUCUAAAUGCAAGUAGAGGUUUACAGAGGAGCGAUACCUUCACGAACAGCGACCUUGGCGAUUUCGAGACUGGCCUCGAGGCUACGCUCACCUCGAGGACGCACAUUCCUCCUCUCUCAACGUCUCCUCUAGAUAUGGUUAUAAAACCACACUCGACACUCGAAAUCCCUGCCAAACCAUCCUCAUCAUGAAGUUCAUCUCAGCCUCCGCUAUCGCAAUCGCUGUUGCGCUCUCCAACUCCGUCAUCGCCACGGCCAUUCCCCCCUCCGACGCUCUCGUCGCUCGUGGCGGAGACGGAAAAGGCGGAAUCGGCGCCUUCAACAAUGACGCCAAGCUCAACGACAAGGUCAAAGAAUUGAACGCCGCUGACUUCAAGAAGAACAACGCGGUCAAGGACAAGGCGUUCAACAAGAACAAGGUCAUCGCCCUGGACCAGAACAAGGACAAGGAGAACGCACUCAAGAACAACAACAAGAACUU